AUGUCUAAAACUAUAAAAAAAAAAGAAAAUAAACAAGAAAAAGAAUCUUCAUCAUCAUCAAAAUUAAAGCAAAGAAAUAUAAAAAAAGAAGAUAAUGAUGAUAAUAAUAAUAAGAAAAUCACAACUACAACUACAACAACUACAACAAAAGCACCAAUUAAAACUACAGAUAAAAUUAAAUUAAAUUAUCCAGUAUUUUGUUGUAGUUCAUCAACAAAUGUAAAGAGUCCAUAUAUUGUAACAGGUGGUGGUGGUGGUAAUUCAAAAACAGGUGUUCCAAAUGCAAUAACAUUAUUAAAAUGGAAUUUAGAAGGAUCAUCCUCAUCAGAGUUUCAAUUAAUCGAUCAAAUGGAUACUGAAGAUUGUAUACCCUACGUUACAUUCAAUGAUAGUAAAAAUCAAAUUGCCUACCCAGUUGGCACAAUUUGCCAUAUUGUAGAUUAUAAAAACGACAAACUCGAAAAAGUUUUACAAUUUGAUAUCAAUAAAAACAUUCCAUCAAAUGCAUACCAUUUGGCAAUUAAAGCAACCUCAUCAUCACCAUCAUUAAAUGACGUAAAAUCAAAUGAAGCCAAUACCAAUAAUGAGAAUGAGUCAACAACAACAACAACACCAUCAUCAGCAUCAGCAUCAUCAACACCAUCACUAUGCUCAACAACAUUAACAUCAUUAUCAACAGAGAUUAAGUUAAUUAAAUUUAAUAAAGAUGGUGAUAGAAUUAUAAUUGUUGAUGAUAAGAAUUUAAUUAAAGUUUGGAGUUUACCAUCAUUGAAUUUCAUAAAGAUUAUAUCACCCCAACAUAGUGGCGAGAUCACUGAUAUCGAUAUUCACCCUGCAUCAAGCCAUAUAUUGACAACGUCACGUGAUUGCUCGGCAAAGAUAAUCAAUUUAUUGAAUGGUAAAAUCGAAUUCACUCUAUUACAUAAACAAAAACCUAAAUUGGUUUUCCGUGGUUGUAAAUUCACUUCGGAUGGGUUGUAUUGUUAUACCGCUCAGUCGAUUCCCAAAGGUAAGAAUUCAAUUGGUUGUACGGUUUUAUCUAAAUGGAAUUUCACAACUGGUAAAGAGGAGUCAUUCAAAGAGGUCGACAUCUACCAUAACACCUGUUUCGCCCUAUCAUCCGAUAAUAAAACCAUAGUAAUCGUAACUGCCGAUGCCAAAAUCACUGCCUACAACUCUGAAACUUUCAAACCACUAGAUAAAUGGGAACCUCAUGAUUUCGUCGUAACCGGUGCUUGUUUCUCUCCUGAUAACUCUACCAUCUUCUCCUCCUCUGCUGAUUAUAAUUGUAAAUCUCAUAGAAUUGGAUUUGGUAGUAAAUCAAAUUCAACAAAAUUAAUUAAGGCGUUAUUCAUUUUGGCAAUAAUUGUUUUAAUUUUAUCAUUAAUUUUUGCUCAAAUCAAUAAAUAA